UUUAAGCUUUACUUAAGGCAUCGUAAAAUGUAAAAUAAUUAGCAGAAAAAAUAAUCAAAUAAAAAUAUCCUUAUCUUUUACAGAUGCGCUGACGUGUGUCCCAUGCCCACCGGAGUACAAGUCCAAUGAAGAAAGAAAUAAUUGCGAUUUAAAAAGUAUUGAAUUCUUGACCUUUGAUGAACUGAUGGGGAUACUGUUAGUGGCAUUUUCUGUAAUUGGAGGCUGCCUUACAAUCACAAUAGCACUAAUAUUCUUUGUAUAUAAAGACACUCCCAUUGUGAAAGCCAACAAUUCAGAACUGAGUUUCCUGCUGCUCUUUUCAUUGAAACUGUGUUUCCUUUGCUCUCUUACCUUCAUCGGUCGGCCCUCUGAGUGGUCCUGUAUGCUGCGCCACACUGCGUUUGGGAUCACCUUUGUCCUCUGCAUCUCGUGUGUUCUGGGAAAAACAAUAGUGGUGUUAAUGGCAUUCAGGGCUACACUUCCAGGCAGUAAUGUGAUGAAGUGGUUUGGGCCUCUGCAGCAGAGACUGAGUGUUCUUGCUUUCACUCUCAUACAGGUCCUUAUUUGUGUGCUUUGGUUAACAAUAUCCCCUCCAUUCCCCAACAAGAACAUGAAGCACUACAAAGAAAAGAUCAUUCUAGAAUGUGAUGUUGGGUCAGCAGUGGGGUUCUGGGCUGUGCUGGGUUAUAUUGGGCUCCUCUCUAUAUUGUGCUUUGUUUUAGCUUUUCUGGCUCGUAAGCUGCCUGAUAACUUCAAUGAAGCCAAAUUCAUCACAUUCAGCAUGCUCAUAUUCUGUGCAGUCUGGAUCACCUUUAUACCAGCUUAUGUCAGUUCACCUGGAAAGUUCACUGUAGCUGUGGAGAUAUUUGCUAUUUUAGCUUCCAGCUAUGGAAUGCUUUUCUGUAUUUUUGUCCCAAAAUGUUACAUUAUUUUACUAAAACCAGAGAAAAACACCAAAAGAAAUAUGAUGGGUAAAACAUCAUGAAAAUUUUAAAAUUGUACCUUUUUCAGUCCCAGAUUUCUGUCGUUCUUGCAUUGAUGACGUACAUUUUCAACUAUGUAGCUGUCUCUCUGGUCACAGAAAUGUAAUGUUUUUUUUAAAAUUUAUUGCAGAAUAAAAUAGAAAAGCCAGCCAUCUAUUUUUCACUAAAUGUUUCUGUACUGGGAGAACUCACUCAGAAUUAAAUGUGCUUCCCAUUGUGUUAUUGAUACUAUGCCACUCAAGACAACUGCGUCAGUAUCUUGUGCUGAUAGGCAGCACUACCAAUACUAUACAUUUUACAAACAGCAGAAUCAUGCCGGCAGCAUAGUACGCAUAUAGAAAUUACUGAGUAGUCAGCACUACACUCUACUGACAGUAGAUGGCAGUGCUGCUGGGAUAAACAUGAACAUAGUAACAAUAAGUUAGCUACCGAUACCCUAGUAGCCGGGGCUCCACUACUAACAGAAAUCAACAGAAAUAGGAUAGACAACAACACAGCAUGCCAACUAGCUACUUUUUUAAAAUUCAGACACCACACACAUUUUGUAUUUUACAAUAACAAGAAGGCCUAACAGGCGUGAGUGGGGGUAUGGUGCUGGCACUUUUAGCUAACCUGACAGACUGACAUAACAGAAUUAAACCUAAAUAACAUAAAACACAAAGAUCAAGUGCAUUGUUUGAUUGUAUUCGUGUAUUGCAUGUGAUGUGGUAUGUCAUAAGUUUGAUUGAAAUUUGAUUAUUUGCAUCUAAAUGAAAGAGCUGAAACAAAGCUAGCUAGGUCGCUGGCUAGUACCUAAAUUUGUGUAGCUCGCUAUGAUCUCUGUUGGGGUAAAUUUGUGUGUCUGUCUAUCACAAGCAUCACAUAGCAUUCUGACCAUUUUGUUGUGGAGGAGAACUGACGUUACAUCACCACCAAUCCGGCCAGAAGCAAACCGCAAAAUGUGACACUGGUUUUAUAGGCUUUUUAUUUGCAAAAUAUGUAUUAUAGAGGAAAAAAUAGCAUCACACAAUCAUGUCACUUUGAGGGAUGAAUGCAUUUGAGCGGGAAGGAGGUGGGGGAGCAAGACCCUGAUUGCCUGACGCUGGGUUCUCUGCUGACAAUCACUUAAAAUUACAAUUUUCCUGAUAUAAAUAUGUCAAUAUUACC